AUGCUACCAUUAAGAACAACCCUAAGAGGGGCAACCGGCCUCCGCUCCUUUUCUACAUCGCGCGUGCUGCGCUCAGAACAGCUGUCACAUCAGAUCUUCGGUCCCGAGAAUGAACAGGCCGUUCGGAGCCCGAUUCUCUUCUUGCACGGGCUUUUCGGGUCGAAGCAGAAUAACCGGAGUAUCAGUCGAGCCCUCGCACGUGACUUGAAGCGUCAAAUAUACACCCUGGAUCUCCGGAAUCAUGGACACUCGUUUCAUGCCCAGGAGCACAAUUAUACCGUUAUGGCGGAGGACGUGGAGAAGUUCAUCGACCAGCAGAAGCUGGAUAAAUGCGUCUUAAUUGGGCAUUCAAUGGGUGCCAAAACCGCCAUGGCUGUUGCUCUGCGCUCUCCCAGCCGCGUGUCGGGUCUUGUGCCCGUCGACAAUGCUCCCGUUAACGCUCGACUACAGAGUGAUUUUGGCAAAUAUGUCCGGGGCAUGCAGCAUGUCGAGGCUGAGAAGGUGACGAAGCAGUCUGAUGCGGAUAAGAUUCUGCAGGGUUACGAGGAGGCCCUCCCCAUUCGACAAUUCCUUCUUACCAACCUGAUCAGGUCAGACGAUCAGACGAUGAAAUUCCGCGUUCCGCUGUCGACCUUGGGUGCUUCGCUUGAAGGUAUGGCUGACUUCCCAUACCGGGAACCAGGCGCUGUAACAUAUGACGGGCCCACGCUUGUUGUCCGGGGCACCAGGAGCAGAUACAUCUCGGACGUGUCGCUCCCCGCCAUCAAGAAGUUCUUCCCUAGCUCUGAAGUCGCGGAUGUCGAGGCCGGGCAUUGGCUCAUUUCGGAAAACCCUGAAGCGUUCCGACAGGUAGCUGUUAAGUUCUUACAGAAUACGCCAUAA